GUGACAGACAAUAUUGAAAUUAACUAAAAUUGGGCAAUAUUGUUUAGCAAUGAGAGCGUUUUUAUGAAUGCAUUGUGCUAAAUAAAAUGUUUGAACAUUCAGUCAAGGUACCAAGACAUUACAAAAUUGCUGCUAAUAUCUUUAAGAAAGUUUCUACUGAAGGCGGCAGCGUUAAGACUUUGUUGUACGACGAUAAACUUCGGCAUUUCAUCUAAUAUCAUCAUAAACUAAGUACAAUGGCCGACCAAGGAGAUGCUCCGAAUGCUCCAAUUUUAUCACAGCAAUCGAAACAAGUGUUAAUAGUAUUGGCAAAUCUAUUUUUCUAUAGUGUUGCCAUGUUCACUCUACCGUUUAUUGCAUUUUUCGGUGUUCGCCAUAUGCUAACUCUUAAUUAUCCAGAUAACACAUUCUUGGUGAAUGUGUGGUCUGUGGCGUCUUCUGUUGUGGUAGUGAAUAUUAUUAUUGGUGCAUAUGUGUAUAAAGCGUACUAUGAGAAGGAAUAUGAUGAACAUGGCAAUGAGAUAGACCAGCAUGCAUAUCCGCCACCAGCCCCAACAGCUGAAGUUUCGACUGUGAAGAGCAGUUUGAACUUGAAGCAUGACUGAUGCAUUU